UCCCCGUUUCCCACGUGCCCCGGUCGCCGCCGAGCACGAAGGAAACAGCCGCGUCGCAGCGACCAACCAACCAACGACUUCCCCCUCCUCUGACCGCCUCCCCACUCGGAACAAGAAACCGGCGACUCCAUUCCGCACGAUCCGCGCCGCGAGUUUCGUUCCGAGCAAACUCGCUCUCUUUCACAACGGUGCCGUAGGCGCAAGCGAGCCCCACGGCGGCAGAGUCGAUGGCCGCGGCGCAGAUCCGCGGAUCCGCCGCGCCGGCGAAGGCGACGGCGAGGCGGUGGCUGGCCCAGCCCAGCGCCCGGAUCCUCCGCUUCGCGCCGCUAGCACCGUCCACCGUCCCGGCGUCGCUUCGGUGGGGGGCGUUCGGUGACCUUGCCGCUAGUGCCGCGUACAAGCCAUUGACUACAAUGUGCAUGAAGGCAGACUAUACCACUCCUGUUGAUUCUGUCACCGCUACAGAGCAAACAGGUGGUGAAAUUGAAGAGCCAGCCAUUGCGGCACCUGCUAAUGAAGAGAUAAGUACAGAGCAGGAGGUUGUUCCUCAACAAAAGUGUGCAAAGAUACACGACUUUUGCCUAGGGAUCCCUUUUGGUGGAUUCCUGUUUUCCAUGGGCCUUAUUGGAUUUCUAUUUUGGAGGAGUCCUGUGAGUCUUACUUUCGGUGUUGCACCUGGCCUUGCUAUAUUAGCCCUUGGUGUGCUUAGCCUUAAAGUUUGGAGGAGCGGAAAAUCCAGCUUGCCGUUCAUACUGGCGCAAGCAGGUGUUGCUGCUGCGGUAUCAUGGAAGCACUGUCAGGCAUACACACAAACGAAGAAGGUGCUUCCCUGGGGUUUCUAUGCUGCACUCAGUGCUGCGAUGAUAUGCUUCUACGCCUACGUUCUGCUUGCUGGAGGGAAUCCGCCUCCAAAGAAGGCAAGAGCUGCCGCUUGAUUCAUUGUUGAAGACCUUUCGCUGAAUCUUCUCAUAAUUGUACUAAUGUUGAUGAUAGGGUUACGUUUUUCUUUAUUUCCGUUGGUGAAUACCGAACACAAAGUUGUGUUGUAGAUAAAUUUUACCUUGUUUUACAUGACUUUUUGUUGUUUCCUUAAUCUAAAUAUUGUAAAGUGCGAGUUUUUUAAAGAACGUUUUUCACUGAAGCAAACCCA